AUGGAUGUGCCCGGCCCGGUGUCCCGGCGGGCGGCGGCGGCGGCGGCGGCCACCAUGCUCCUUCGCACCGCCCGGGUCCCUCGCGAGUGCUGGUUCUUGCCCACCGCGCUGCUCUGCGCCUACGGCUUCUUCGCCAGCCUCCGGCCGUCGGAGCCCUUCUUGACGCCCUACCUGCUGGGAUCGGACAAGAACCUGACUAACCGGGAGGUCUUCAAUGAAAUUUAUCCAGUAUGGACUUAUUCUUACCUGGUGCUGCUGUUUCCUGUGUUCCUUGCCACAGACUACCUCCGUUACAAGCCUGUCAUUCUGCUGCAGGGACUCAGCCUUAUUGUCACAUGGUUCAUGCUGCUGUAUGCCCAGGGACUAUUGGCCAUUCAGUUCUUGGAAUUCUUCUAUGGCAUUGCCACAGCCACUGAAAUUGCCUAUUACUCAUACAUCUACAGUGUGGUAGACCUGGGCAUGUACCAGAAAGUCACAAGUUACUGUCGAAGUGCCACCUUAGUGGGCUUCACAGUGGGUUCUGUCCUAGGGCAAAUCCUUGUCUCAGUGGUGUGCUGGCACCUCUACAGCUUGAAUGUCAUCUCCCUUACCUGUGUGUCUGUGGCUUUUGCUGUGGCUUGGUUUCUGCCAAUGCCCCAGAAGAGCCUCUUCUUUCACCACGUUACUUCCUCCUGCCAGGGAGUGAAUGGUAUCAAGGUACAAAAUGGUGACAUUGCUACUGACACCCUAACUUGUAACCACCUUCCUGGGUGGGAAGAUAUUGAGUCAAAGAUCCCCCUGAAUUCGGAGCAGCCUCCUGUGGAAGAACCGGAGGAGCCCAGGACAGACCGACUCCGUGUGCUGAAGAUACUAUGGAAUGACUUCUUGAUAUGCUACUCCUCCCGUCCCCUGCUCUGCUGGUCUGUAUGGUGGGCCCUCUCCACCUGUGGCUAUUUUCAAGUGAUAAACUACGCACAGGGCCUGUGGGAGAAGGUGAUGCCUUCUCGUCAUGCUACUAUCUACAACGGUGCUGUGGAGGCCGUUUCAACCUUACUUGGUGCUAUUGCUGUGUUUGCAGUUGGUUAUAUAAAAAUAUCCUGGUCAACUUGGGGAGAGAUGACAUUAUCUCUGUGUUCUCUCCUGAUUGCUGCUGCAGUGUAUGUCAUGGACAUUGUUGGCAAUAUUUGGGCAUGCUAUGCAUCCUAUGUUGUCUUCAGGAUCAUUUACAUGGUUCUCAUCACCAUAGCAACCUUUCAGAUUGCUGCAAACCUUAGCAUGGAACGCUAUGCCCUUGUGUUUGGUGUAAACACCUUCAUUGCCCUGGCUCUGCAAACUCUUCUCACUGUGGUUGUGGUAGAUGCCAGUUGCCUUGGUUUAGAAAUUAGCACUCAGUUCCUGAUCUAUGCCAGUUAUUUUGCACUCAUUGCUGUGAUUUUCCUGGUUAGUGGGAUAGUCAGUGUUAUAAAGAAAUGUCAAAAGCCAGAAGAUCCAGAAGCAAGCUCUGAAGUAACCACUUCCUAAUGUGCUGCUGAAGUCCUGCUGCUUGUAAGCAAGAACUCUGCACAGCAACCGCCUGGAUGUAUUUACCUUUUUUAGACAAAUAUUUAUGAAUGUGUAUUUUUCAUGGCUUCAAAGCAGCCACUCAAUUGAUACCUUGUAUUUCUGGAGUAACAUAAUACUGUUGAGAAAAGACAGAAAGUGAAAGUUUUUUGUUUUUCAUGGAUUAUUUAUGAGAGUUAAUUUAAGGAUGACUUUUGCUAAUUCAAAAGAGAACUUGAUCUUGGAAACUGAGUAUUCAAGAGGAAUCAAGCAUCACAUCAUGCUGCAUACUUGAUGAGCAAGUGAGUUUGAUGUUUUAUAGGUCACAUGCAUCUCUGUCUCCACUUAGCCAAACCCUUGGCCUGCUGGGACCAGGGCUUCACAGAGGCUGUGGAUGUUACAAGUCCUGACAGAAGUAUGUUCUACAGCACGUGUUCUUUUCAACUUCAUUCUGCUUCACAGAGGCCAUGGGAUGCCAUGAUAGAAGCAUGUUCUGGCAGCACGUGCUCUUUUCAACUUUGUUCUAAUUUUGAGCAUUUGUGUUUCUACAGAUGAAAAUUGUUCCUAUCACUGGCAAUAUUUGCUCUGGUUUAAUGUUCUGUCCUAUAAGGAGUGUCAUUUCUAAUUUUAUUUUUUAAAAUUCAUUGUAUGAAUGUUCUUGGUUCUCAUCCUGACCAUUAUGUUUGUGAAAACUUUCUUUAGAAGUACAUUUUUACAUUGUUCAUAUGCUUCCCAGAGAAGCUCAUUUAAUCAGAAAAGGAGGCAAGUUUUAAAGCCUGCUAAUAAUGUAAAUGAAGAGACCUAAUCAGAAAUGUUAGGGUAGGUUUGCUACCUACAUGAAAAGUCAUAUAUAAGUUAGAGAUAUAAUUAUCCCAUUGUAUAUUUACAUUCCCCUUUAUUUCCAAUUUAAAGCAGAGGUCUUUCCCUUUACAAUAUCUUCAUUCCAAUUUAUGUUUCAUAUUAUUUUGGCUUUCUUAUCCAAAGUGAAGAUGUUAGUGGGAGUUCAAUUAUUCCAAGGCCUUUUUAAUGAACUGAGCCCCUUUUUAAUUAUUUCAUUGGGGCAGGAAAUAGAACAUACUUGACCCCUGCAUUUUGUACCUUAAAUCUGCCCCUGUUUCUAAGGGUAGAUUAUCUUGGCUGUCAGCUUGAAUUAAAAUUUACUAGUUAUCCCAUUUCUAAGUUACAUGAAAAAAUGUUCUAUAUGCAAGGAUGCUAACAUUUGUGAGACAUGAAAAUAUUUUAAAGCCAACUUUGUUGCCUUACUGUGCAAAGACUCUAGGCAGGCAGUUUUAAGUGGGGAAUAAACUUUUAAGAAUGAUUCAGGGCUGGAGAGAUGGGUUAGCGGUUAAGGCGCUUGCCUGCAAAGCCAAAGGACUUAGGUUUGACUCCCCAGAACCCAUGUAAGCCAAGUGCACAAAGUGGCAUAUGUGUCUGGAGUU